AUGUUUGCAGGGUACUUAUGUAUGAACAAACAAACAAACCCUGUGUGGUAUAUAUACGAUAACUCUUUCCAUUUUCUUUCUUCUAUCACCAAAUCCCAAAAAUCAGCACCUGCGCCCGUUCUUUCCUCUGAUCCUUCAACACCGUUUUCGAUUUUCCUCUUCACUCCCAAGAAUAAGGUGUUUGUGCUUGGCGGAUUCAACUCACUUUCCACAGCUCCUUGUUGUAAAUUUGCGAUUUGGACUAUGGCACUUUAUGGAACUUCCUUAUCCUUUAAUGGACUGUCUCCUGUCAAAGAGUUUAAUUUCUUGCCGGGUUUGUUCAUCAAUAGCUUUCAGAAGCGACAUGAUGCUUGUCCUUCACCAUUCUUUAAUCAAAAUAGGUUAGUUUUUGGCAAAAGUUUUGAAAGAGGAAACCAACCGAGUGUCUUGCCUAAUCAAUUCCUCAAGUUACAAAUGAGAAGAUUGAGGACACAACCGGGAGUAAAAAGUGAAGACUCCGAAAGCGUGUUGAGUAGUGAGAACAUAGCAUUAGAUGAACACACUUUAGUGGAGGAGCUGCAGAAGGCAAUUGCUGAGGAGAAUUAUACAAGAGCAGCAGAAAUAAGGGAUACUCUAAAAAGCCUUCAAAAAGAUAGCAAAAUCGAAGUAUUGGGAUUAAACAGCAAGUUCUAUAAUGCAUUCAGGGAUGGUGACCUUGCAGGCAUGCAAGCCAUGUGGGCGAAAAGGGACGAAGUGUGCUGUGUACAUCCUGGUUUGAAAGGAAUAUCCGGAUACGAUGAUGUUAUUGAGAGCUGGAACUAUGUAUGGGCUAACUAUGAAUUUCCACUGGGAAUUAAACUAGAAGACAUUAAAGCUCAUGCUAGAGGUGAUAUGGGAUAUGUCACUUGCAUGGAGUUUGUAAAGUCGAAAGGAGGAAGAUGGGGAGGACAAUUUAUAACGAAUGUGUUCGAGAGGAUCGAUGGUGAGUGGUUUAUUUGUAACCAUCAUGCUUCACCAGUGGACAUAUGA